AUGCCAACUGAGAUAGGCAGUGAAUAUGAAGCAGGAAAAGAAGUUUUGGAUUUCACCAUAACAUACAAAAAUGUCCUUGAUAGAUCAGAGAUCCCUAAGCUUGAGAUCCCAUUUACAGUACAGGAUGUCAUCACUAGGAUUGAGCAAGCACAGCUCCAUCGAGCCAAAGAGGACAUUAAUAUGAAGCUGGGUAACAUAAUGCAGAAUGUGCAGCAGAUAAUAAAUCGCUACACUAUGGAUGAGAAUAUGCACUCUGGAAGGAAAAUAUCCCUUACAGAAUAUAAGAAAAGGAGAGCAGGUUUGCUGGAGAAAAUAGUUGCUUGUGCUAAGACUGCUGAAGUUAAAGAAAAGACUCUUGCCUACAUUCUGGCCUGGCUGGGAGAAUGGAAUGUCAUUUUGUCUGAGAUGACUGCAGUCGAUAUUGAUGAACGCCACCACUGUAGAGCACAAAUGGAGAUGUUACCAGAAACAUUCAAAGCUAUUGAGAGCAAUGUCAAGCUACUGAGCAAAUUUAGUACAUCUUUGCUUGAAGAAAAGAAAAAACAAAAGAAAAAAACAGCAUCUAGAGGUUCUCUAUGGAAAUCUUGGAAAGAAAGAGUUAUAAAGAGACCUGCAACAGCUCAUGCUUUAAGACCAGAUCAGAUGAUUAGUGAUCAAUUUGCAGCAAAUACAAAAGUUUCAGAAAUCCAAGAUAUGCUACAGGAACUCAUAGGUACUGCAAUGUUCAAUAAAUUGGAAAACAAUGCUAUUAAAUAUAUAUCAUCAACAACAGUAAAUCUUUCUAAAGCUUUGAGUACACUAAAAGAGGAAAUGAAAGUUAUUAACCUCCAAAGUGCUGAUAUGUAUACAAGUGAGACAAGUGAAAAAGAGAUUUCCAUGAAGAUAAUACAAGAUCUCAGUAAAAAAAAUGAAAUGCUUCAGCAGAAACUUCAAGUAGCAGAAGAAAAAUAUGAACAACUUAUUCAAUCCAAAGGUGUAGAACAGCAAGCAUUGCCCACAUCAACAUUGAAAGUGUUACCUGAGCCAUCUCCACAAUCAGCCAUUAGCCAAGCUGACACAGAAGACAAUAUGGACAAUAUUUUGGCCAAAGAAUUUGAAAACAUAGAUGAGGCCCCCAAAAAAGGGACCAAAGCCUUGGGGAUCAAGUGGGACUUAUCUCUUUCAUAUACAGCCCAAGCUGAAACAAUUCCAGAUUUAAUUGACCAGCAAUACCCUUUACCUGAAAAUAACCAGAAAAAGUCUUCUGAAGAAAUCACUGAAGAGAUCACUGAAGAUAAAAUAUCAGUGAAGAAAGGCGGUGACUUUCAGGAAGAUGGAACUGAUCAGUACCAAUUACAGAAAGAAAAGCACACAAAAGGUCCAUUUGGGCAGGAGACCUCUGAAUCAAAUGUGAAUGAUGAUAAAGGUAAACAGAAAGUCUCAGGGACCAAACUUGAUCACCACUUUGAAUCACAAACACUGGAAAAGAAGAGAAAAGAAAUAAAAUUCUUUCCUGAAGCCAAAUCAAAGUCACUCACUGAAUCAAAAAGUCAACAUUUCCCUUCUGACACAAAGAGCCAAGGUGGCAAAAGUGGAACAAGUAGUUUAUGGGAACGACUCAGAAAAGCCAAACCUGAAUAUUCACAUAGCAAAAGUCAUAUUUCUUCAGAGAAUAAAGAGGAACUCACCACUGAGUCAACGGACAAGGAAGACAGAAGUGAGAUGAGUAGCCGAGAAGAGCCAUCCAGUUUGAGCCAACUUGAUUAUUCCUCUGAGAAAAUGAGAAUGAAAAAAAAGAAACACCAAAUUUCUCCAGGAGCCACUACAAGCAAAGAAGAAAAAACUGAAGAGAAGGAUAUGUCAGUCUUCACCAAGAAAGGCAAGUCUUUAGAACUUGUUAAAUCACAAUCUAGGAUAACUAGAGAGACUUCAAGAAUUCCAGACAGCAAAAGUGAACAAAGUAACCUAGAAGAAUUUCAGAAAGCCAUAGUGUCAUUCCUAAAAGAGAAAAUUGAUAACAUAGGAAAGCCUUUGGAUAAAAAGACUGUGUCAAAAGGAGAGUUAUUAUUAAAAAGAGCAGAAGUUGAAAAGUUAGGAAUCAUAAAGGCAAAAAUGGAGGAAUAUUUCCAAAAAGUGGCUGAAAAUGUGACAAAAGUCUUGAGAAAAUACAAAGAUAUAAAAAAUGUCGGACAAUUUGGAGAGAAACCUAUGAAACAAAAAAAGGUAGUCUCAUUUAUGCCUGAAUUGCAUUUUCAGAAGCAGAUUAGUGCAAAGUCGGAAAUUAGCACCUUACUUUCACAGGAGAACCUUGACCCACUAACUGACAAUUUAAUACAAAUGAUCUUGACUGAAAUAGAAAGUGAAAGGGAUGUGCCAGUAGCCUCAACUGUGGGGAAAGACCAUAAGGACAAGGAAAAACAAAGGCUAGAAGAAAGGAGCUAUGAGACGAUAAAUAAGAGUUUGGAGAAGGAAGAGGCAUGGCUCCCAGUGAAGGAGGGAAAACAAGGGCAACAGAAGCAGAAACAGUGGCAAGAAGAAGAGGUGUGGAAGGGGCAGCAAAAACAGAGGAUGAAAAAGCAGACUGAGCUAGAUGAGAAGCAAAAGCAAAGGGAAGAGGAAAAAGAAGGGCAUCAGAAGUCAAAGCAGCAGCAGCUGGAAGCAUGGAAGCAAAAAAUGAAAGAUAAAGGAGUGCCCUUGGAGAAGGAGAAAAGACAGCAGGUGAUGCAGGUUCAGAAGGAAGUGGGACAUCUGGUGCAAGAAAGUAGUUGGGAGAGAGAGGAGGAGAAGCAGAAGCCUAGGAGAAGGAUAGAGGACUAUGAAAAGCAGAAGCAGGAAACAGCAAAGGAGAUGAAGACUUUUGAAAAACUAGAACAAGUGCUCAGUCAAACUUCAAUGACAUUGUCUUCCAGGUGGAGGAGCAUACCAAAAGAUGCAUUACAUUUACACCAAAGAAAAGAAUUCAAUGGGAAUCUUAAGAAAUUAGAGAAUCAGGCUGAUGGAAAGCACCCCAUACCAAUCACUCCUCCUAUCUCCAUACAAUCUUCCUCACCUGGAGCCUUUUCUCUUUCUGGACAGUCUCCCACAAAGUCCAUCACUCUUACCCCUCAGCAGGCACAGGCAGUGGAAAUCGACCUCACCCAUGAAGAGGCCAAGGCACCGGGAAUCACCCACAGCUCUUAUCAGGUUCAGGCAUUGGGGGAAAUUCCUACUCCCAAGAUGUCUCAGGGUUUGGAAGCAGCCCACAUACCUGAGCAGGCCCAGGCUCAAGGCAUCACUCUGAUCCCUCAGCAGGCCAAGGCACUGGGGAUCAUUCUAACCCCUGAGCAGGCCCAGGGACAGGUGGUCACUCUCACCCCUCAGCAGGCCCAGGCCCUGGGAAUCACUCUCACCCCUCAGCAGGCCCAGGCACUGGGGACGUGUGUCGCCCCUGAGCUGGCCCAGACCCUGGGGGUCACUCUCACCCCUCAGCAGGCCCAGGCCCUGGGGGUCACUCUCACCCCUCAGCAGGCCCAGGCCCUGGGGGUCACUCUCACCCCUCAGCAGGCCCAGGCACAGGGGAUCACUCUCACCCCUCAGCAGGCCCAGACCCUGGGGGUCACUCUCACCCCUCAGCAGGCCCAGGCACAGGGGGUCACUCUCACCCCUCAGCAGGCCCAGACCCUGGGGGUCACUCUCACCCCUCAGCAGGCCCAGGCACAGGGGGUCACUCUCACCCCUCAGCAGGCCCAGGCACAGGGGGUCACUCUCACCCCUCAGCAGGCCCAGGCCCUGGGGAUCACUCUCACCCCUCAGCAGGCCCAGGCCCUGGGGGUCACUCUCACCCCUCAGCAGGCCCAGACCCUGGGGGUCACUCUCACCCCUCAGCAGGCCCAGGCACAGGGGGUCACUCUCACCCCUCAGCAGGCCCAGGCCCUGGGGAUCACUCUCACCCCUCAGCAGGCCCAGGCACAGGGGGUCACUCUCACCCCUCAGCAGGCCCAGACCCUGGGGGUCACUCUCACCCCUCAGCAGGCCCAGGCACAGGGGAUCACUCUCACCCCUCAGCAGGCCCAGGCACAGGGGAUCACUCUCACCCCUCAGCAGGCCCAGGCACAGGGGAUCACUCUUACCCCUGAGCUGGCCCAGGCACAGGGGGUCACUCUCACCCCUCAGCAGGCCCAGGCACAGGGGAUCACUCUCACCCCUCAGCAGGCCCAGGCACAGGGGGUCACUCUCACCCCUCAGCAGGCCCAGGCACAGGGGAUCACUCUCACCCCUCAGCAGGCCCAGGCACAGGGGGUCACUCUCACCCCUCAGCAGGCCCAGGCACAGGGGAUCACUCUCACCCCUAAGCAGGCCCAGGCACUAGGGGUCACUCUUACCCCUCAGCAGGCCCAGGCACUGGGUAUCCCUGUCACCCUUCAACAGGCCCUGGAUUUGGGGGCCCCUUUCAGUUUAGGACAGGCACAAGCAUUGGAGGUUUCUCUCUCUCCAGAACAGUUCAAGGAAUUAGAGAUUCCUCUCACCUCAGAUAAAGCCUAUACCUUAGAUUCUCCCCACAUCCCAGAACAAAUCCAACCUUUGGGAGCCCCUUUCACCCCAGGGGAGGCCCAGUCCACGGGUAUUACUCUUAGGUCUAAGCAGGACCUAAAAUCAAGAGUUCCUCUCAUUAUUGAGCAGCCCUCACUACCCUGGGCUCGUCCUCCUUCAAGACGUACCCCGAAAGUUGGGAUCUUUUCCAUGACGGAUAAAUCUGUCACAACACAUGCUCCUCACAUACCUAAGCAGUUCCCAGGAUCGUCUGCUCCUACUGCUAAGAAGUCCCCUAUAUUUGAGGUCUUUUCUACUUUUUUCCAGGUAUCAAAGUUUCCUCUUACACAAGCCCCCUUUGCCCCUGGGAAAUCCUUGGGAAUGAGGGUUCCUUCAGACCCCGGGAAGCUCCUAGCACUACAGACUUUUCCUUCCUCUAGACAGACUCCAGUUUCUAAGGGUCAAUCCACCUCUGUUCAGUUCCCAACACCAGUUCCCAGCCCAGCAUCUGGGCCCUCUCCCACUCCAGGACAGCCCCUUAUAUCUAGAGUCCCAGCCACCUCUGCACAGAUUCCCAGUAUCCAGGCUCCUCUCUCUCCUGGGAAGCACUUGGUUCCCGGGGCCUCUUCCAUCCCUGGGGGGCUCUUGGAAUCUGGACCCUUAACCCUCUCUAAGCAGCCUCAAGCAUUCCAGACCUCUGCUACCCAUGAGCAAUCACCCUAUCUACAAGCCCCUUCUACCCUUAGGCAGCAUCUGCCACUGCAGACCCUUCCUGGGCAAGAUUCCCCACUACAGAUCACUCCCACCCCUGGGCAUCCCCCAACACUAGGGGCUCCCUCAACCCCUGGGAAGCCCCCAAACGAUCUGUCCUCUCCUGUCUCUAAGAAAAGUAAGGAAAGACUGUCUAUUACUUCUUCUCUGAAACCUAAAUCAGCAUUGGUCCAUCCCAGUGCUCCAAGUUUCAAGGUACAUCAAGCCCCUUUCACCACUAAGAAGUUCCAAACAUCAGAGGUCUCUGACACUUCUGAAGAAAUCCAGAGACCCCGAGAUCUUUCUGCCAUGGAACAAUUUAGAACAUUUAAGUCCUAUCUCACCGAUUACAGGACACCAGUAUCACAAACCCCUUACAUUGAUGAGGGGGCCCUUCCUGCUCUCAUUAAGCCUGUAACAUCACUACCUCCUCUCCCUACUCAACUACCCAAAACAUCAAAGAGCUCACCUUCUGAAUGGGACCAGAAAUCCCGACUCCCCCCUGUAGAUAAGUCCUGGACACUGACUUCAGAUACCAAGAAACCCAAUAUGAUGCGGCCCACUUCCCAUCCCCAAGAGCUCAAAGAACAGAACUAUUUUGUUGAUGUGGAGGCCCAGCGGAAGCAUCUGAUGCUCUUAAAUCAGGCCACAAAAGUUUCUACACUCCCUUCACAGCUACACACAACAGCUAGGAAUCUCAUAAUUGAGACACCUCAUAUGGACAAAGUUCGGCUGGUGUACCUAUUCCGCAAGUACAUCGCCUAUAGGCUGAUCCAGCGUGCAAGAAACAACAUUAUUAAACGAUUACAAGCCAUCCAGAAUACUGGGAGGGGCUGUGAGACCCAGAGACUCUACAUAAUGCUGAGCAGAAUUGAUGACUAUCAGAAAAAGGUGAUGCAGAUCUGGACAGAGAAGCAGAAGUCUCUACAGCAGAAACGGAAUCAAUGCCUGAGGAAAAUGAUGUACUUAUUCAGCCAGCUUCAAGAGAUAUAUAAAUUGAAUCUCAAUCAACCUAUCCCUUUGAUCAUCAAAAAAAAGCAAAUAUCUGCCCCUACCAAAUUUGUUCAACAGCCUUUCCUAAAGCUACUAAAAGAAGAGGACAAAAAAUAUGACAUAUUCAAUAAAUCCAGACAAGAAGACCAAAUGGAAGCCAUCUGGAAUGCUGAUCUAUCCACUUCAAGUUACCCAAUAACAGAGAAGACAUCAAUGUAUUCACUCUGGACCCAGCUGGGUGGGUACCCAGAUAUUCCUAUGCUACUCCAGUUAGAUGUUCAGUCUACCUUCGGAAGAUCUCUUACAUGCAUUCAAUCAAAGUUUAAGAAGAUUCCCAAGUGA